AGGAACAGAGGAACAGUAGGAACAGAGGAACAGAGGAACAGAGGAACAGUAGGAACAGAGGAACAGAGGAACAGAGGAACAGUAGGAACAGUAGGAACAGUAAGAACAGAGGAACAGUAGGAACAGUAGCAACAGUAGGAACGGAGGAACAGUAUGAACAGUAGGAAUAGUAGGAACAGUAGGAACAGUAGGAACAGAGGAACAGAGGAACAGAGGAACAGUGGAAACAGAGGAACAGUAGGAACAUGGGAACAGAGGAACAGUAGGAACAUAGGAACAGUAGGAACAGAGGAUCAGAGGAACAGUUGGAACAGAGGAACAGAGCAACAGUAGGAACAGAGGAACAGUCGGAACAGAGGAACAGUAGGAACAGAGGAAAAGUAGGAACAGUAGGAACAGAGGAACAGAGGAACAGUGGAAACAGAGGA